ACACACAGCAAAGACAUAACAUUUCUCCUUAAAUUUCCCCAAAAACCUUAACCAACACUCAAUCCGUUUAAUUUCCUGUCUUUUAUUUUCUCUCCCUUUUUGUCUUCCUCUUCUCAAUCUCCGCCAUGUCCCGGCCGUCCUCCCUCGCCCCUCUGGAUUCCUCCUUGGAGUUCCUUUCGAGAUCUUGGAGGAUUUCACCGUCGACCCAUUUGGUUAAUUCCCGGAUUCCGGCCGGCACUCACGGCGGCGGGAAUUGGGGUGAUAUUGUGUUGGAAGAUUCCAGCAGCGACGCCGAGGGGUUCUUGGUGUUUAUGAACCCAUUUUCGUUUACUUCUUCUGAAACUUCCCAAAUGGUCAUGGACCGGAUUUUGUCUCAUUCGCAGGAUGUGUCUCCUCGGACUUCCGGUCGGCUGUCGCAUAGCAGCGGCCCACUUAACGCCGCCCACAGCGGCGGUUCAUUAACCGACAGCCCACCUUUUUCUCCCUCGGAAAUCGCCGACCUCGACUCCAAGCUUUACCGAUCCAACUAUUCUUUCAAUGCCCAUUUUCGGGCCACCGUGAAUGGGUCCGGCACCGCCGCUGUUGGCGGCGGAAAGACGGUCGGGCGUUGGCUGAAGGAGCGCAAGGAGAGGAGGAAAGAGGAAAACAGAGUUCAGAAUGCCCAGCUUCAUGCUGCUAUUUCUGUUGCAGGGGUGGCCGCUGCCAUCGCCGCCAUUGCUUCCGCCUCUGCGUCUUCCAACGGAGUAAACGACGGCGAAGAUAUUCAUAAGACCGAUAUAGCUUUGGCCUCCGCCGCUACAUUGGUCGCCGCUCAAUGCGUGGAGGCUGCUGAAGCUAUGGGAGCCGAACAUGAUCACCUCGCUUCUGUUAUUAGCUCCGCCGUCAAUGUCAAGUCCGCCGGCGACAUUAUGACGCUCACCGCCGCCGCUGCCACAGCACUAAGAGGAGCAGCAACGCUGAAGUCACGGGCGACAAAGGACGUGUGGAAUGCAGCGGAGAAAGGGAUGGGAGGAGCAUCGUCGAGCGGCGAGGGCUCCAGCCGUGGUAGCUUAAUUAACAACAUCAUCGUAAAUCAAAAGUUGAGUGGAGAUCAACUGCAACCCUGUGACUCAAAGCUUGACAUAAUUCAACCCGUAUGCUACCGAGGAUUGCUCGCCAAUGGCUGCGAGCUUCUUAAACUGACUCGUAACGGCGAUCUUCAUUGGAAACUCGUCUCUGUUUAUCUGAGUAGAACCAAACAGGUUGUGUUGAAGAUGAAGAGCAGGCACGUGGCGGGAACCAUAACCAAAAAGAAAAAGAAUUUGGUGGUGGGUGUAGUAAAAGACAUUCCGGCAUGGGCAGGGCGGCACCUGCUGGAGGGCGGCGAGGACCGGCGGUACUUUGGGGUGAAGACAUUGCUGCGAGGGGUGGUGGAAUUCGAGUGCAGAAACCAAAGAGAGUAUGAUAUGUGGACACAAGGAGUUGCCAAGCUGCUUCUAAUGGCGGCUGAGAGGAUUUGUAGGUUUUGAGAGAUGCCGCCGUCGCCGCCGCUGCCGCCAACGCCGCCGUUUGGUCGGUGACAAAAGUGGUGGGUUUUGUUUGAAUGGGUUUAGGGUUUUAGUCAAAAAGAACCAAAUUUGUUGGUUUAGUUUCACUUAGGCUUCCCCUUUAGUGAGGCGUGGAUGAAGGAUUCACAUUUUUAA